AUGAAGGUUAUCUAUUUGUUACCCUUCACCGGGCUUUCCCAGGCUGCUCUCCGGUUCGGCUGCGCGUCCGUGUCUUUACAACGGCUUGACCCCCUUGUUGAGCCAGGCAAAAUUCCUUCAGCACACGUUCAUCAGAUUGUUGGUGGAAAUGCUUUCAACGCGACUAUGGAGGGGGAUAUAGGAGAGAAGGGCACUUGUACGACGUGCGUUUACUCGGAAGACUUUUCCAAUUACUGGACGGCAGUUAUGUACUUCAGGCAUGAGAAUGGUUCUUAUAAGCGGGUUCCACAGUACCCAAACGCCCAGUUGGGUACAGAGGGCCGUGAUGAUCGAAACAUUAAAGGUGGGAUGACGAUCUACUAUACGCAGAAGGACUUCAGUAGCAACGGUGACCAAUUUAUCACCGCUUUUCAACCCGGGUUCCGCAUGACCGUGGGGAGUCCUACGGUGGACAGCUUUGAAGGCGCAAAAUCUCAGCCAGGGCUUCGAUAUACCUGUUUGCAGACACCGCUGACCCGAGGCUACGAGACUCCCGAUUUCCCCCGGGAACCUUGUCCUGGCGGCAUUAUGGCAAUACAUCACUUUCCUGCAUGUUGGGACGGGAAGAAUCUCGAUAGCCCCGAUCAUCAAUCUCAUAUGUAUUCAACCACCAAAGGCGGGUUCGUCGAGGCGGGUGCCUGUCCUGACUCGCACCCUGUCCGGACGCCACAACUUGCGUAUGAAACAAUGUGGAACACCACGGCAUUCAAUAACAUGUGGCCUCGGGAUGGUUCACAGCCUUUUGUCUGGUCCUACAUGGACAGUAAAGGGUAUGGCACACACGCGGACUACGUUUUCGGCUGGAAAGGAGAUUCCUUGCAGCGUGCUAUGAAUGAUACGUGCAUGUUUCACGGGUGCGGAAGUCCGGGGGUGCAGGGCGUGCUGAAAACGCAGACUGUAGCAGAGAUGAAUGCGUGCGCGGUGAGAAAUACCGUUACGGAAGAUACUGAAGGGUGGCUAGACGCGCUUCCCGGGCAAGGCAUGUAG